AUGGAGGUCGACGUGCUGCAGUCGGCAGCUCUAAAUGUCCCUCUUCGCGGAAAAGACAAUGAAACGACAGACGUCAUUCUUCGGGGCGUCGUGGAAGUCUUUCCCCAGACUGCCGAGAUGAAACGCCUUCUCGCCAAGAGACUCGAACUGGAGCAACAACAGCGCGAGGAGGAAGAAGAGCGCCGUAGACUGGAACUAAAAGAAGAGAUGGAACGACAGAAGCGCGAGGAAGACUUGAAGAAGUUGAAGCAGCAGAGGAAGAAACAGAGAGACAUCGAAGAGAGGAAGCGAAUGGAGGAGGAAAUGAAGAACAGGGAGGACGACAACCUCUCCCGAGUCCUUCAGAUGUGCCUGGAAAACGAGACUCCGGCAGAAACUUCUUUCAGUGGACUCGCUUUUACUCAGGUCCAAAUCCGCGUCCUCGUCAACGACACUCUUCGCUCUUUGAAUGUGGAGAAUUGCAGUUUCACCUGUCGCGGUGAUGAGCAGAGCGGCGUCGUCGAGCUCGCGAAGGGGCUGAGGCUCAACAAAGGCCUACGGAAUCUGAACUUGCGAAACAAUCAGAUUGACGAUGUGAGCAUGCACAGAGUGAAAACGCAGGAAUGCGACGAAGGCAUGGAAGGUGGGGACGCUCUCAUUGACGCCCUGAGUGCGAACAGAACGCUCACCCAGCUUGACGUGUCGUUCAACGAUUUGAGCAUUGAGUUACUUCGUGAGCUCCACGAGCUCCUCAACCGAAACCAGGCGUUGUUUAUUCAAGUGAAAAAGCACGAAAAACGCGAGAGGGAAGACAUGCGCCACGAAGAGGAGCUGAUGCGGAUCUAUCUCAUGCAUGUCGAGGCUCGGAGGAUCAUGGUGGAAGGUGCGGAGCGCCGCAGAAUUGCCCGAGAAAAGGCCUACGAAGAUCGCAAGGCGAUGAUGAGUCGGAAGAAGAAAGGCAAGGGAAAAAAGAAAAAGUAG